CAGCCACUGGAGACCGGGGCUUAUGUUGAGCACAGUCACGCAGCGAGAGCAAAAAGUUACUUUUAUACGAUUACUUCAAAAAUGCGUCGAUUAAAUAAAGUUACUUUCAAGUCUAAAACAGGCUCCUUGUAGAAUGUAAAAAAGCUUUCUGCCUUUUAAGCGGACAGAAUGGUUGCGUAUUUGCUGUUGUAUCGGUGUGGUCUUGUUAAAGCUCUCACAUGAUGAGCUCUCUACCCCCUGUGAAAGGAGACAGGAUCAUCUGUGAACUCCCUUUGUACUUUACAAGGGACGCUGCGGUGCACACCAAAGACGGCUUCAACAUUACUGUUAAAGAGGCAUGUCAAGGACAGAAAGGAGGAUUGAAUGUGGCCAAGGUCAUUGUUGUUGGUGAUGUAGGAGUCGGAAAGACCUGUUUAAUAAACAGAUUCUGCAAAGACACAUUUAACAAGACGUACAAGGCGACUAUUGGAGUGGAUUUUGAGAUGGAGAGAUUUGAGGUCCUCGGGGUACCCUUCAGUUUACAGUUGUGGGACACAGCAGGUCAGGAAAGAUUCAGAUGUGUUGCAUCCACAUACUACAGAGGAGCUCAAGCCAUCAUUGUUGUGUUUGACCUGAGCAACUAUAACUCUUUGGAUCAUGCAAGAGAGUGGCUUGAGGAUGCCAUGAGAGACAAUGACCCUUCUAGUGUUCUCCUCUUCCUCGUGGGAACCAAGAAGGAUCUUAGCCACCCAGAUCAGUUGGCCCAAAUGGAGCAAGAAGCUGUUCGACUCUCUGAGGAGAUCAGAGCAGAGUAUUGGGCCGUGUCUGCGCUGUCAGGGGAAAGUGUGAGAGAUUUCUUUCUACGGAUUGCUUCACUUACAUUUGAAGCCACUGUAUUGUCUGAGCUGGAGAGGAACAAUUCUAGACAAGCUAGUGAUAUUGUCAAAAUCUCUAACAAUUGUGAUGAAAAAUUUAAGAAGAGGCAAUCCAGCUGCUGUCAUUGACUUUCAAAUGGCAAUAGAAGUGUUUCUGGAAUCCAGAUUUUGGCAUGAUGUCCCAUAAUGUCCCAUAAUGCCCUGACACACAUCUUUGAGUGGAAGAAAAAAUAAUACAAACAGAGGACUUGGCCAGUGAAAUGAGAAUCUCAACAAGAAUUCAUCUGAAAGUGAAUUCACCUAGAAGUGUAUUAAUGAAUCCAUGAUAUAUUUCAUGUGUUUCCUAGAUAGGAAAUUGAAAGCAUUUUCUUUCUCAUUAUUGUAUUAGAUGUUUAUUAUGUGGACACACUGCAAUUGAGUUUCUCAUGGACUAUCAUAUAACCAGAAUUUUGUCCAAAAAUAUGUGAAUUAUUAUCCCAAUCAUAAAGAGGCUUAAAUCUGUAAAUCUGUCUAUAAAUACUUGGUGUCAUUUACUGGCAUUUCAAGUCUAUUACAUAAAGCGAUGCAAAUCCCUAAAAUUUUGACGGUAAUGAGUUCUGCCUUCAUAUUUGAUUUUUGUCUUAGUAAACAGCAGUGCUUAUGUGCUGAAAACUUGAGAGGUCACAUUCAAUGCCCUCCUGGCGGUUCUGAGUGGAUGUUUUGUAAAUGUAGCCCUUGUUUUUCAUUGCAUCAUGAGUUUCUCUGGCUAAUAUGAUACAUAUGCCUGCACUCAUGACCACAGGUUCUGCUGCUGUCUGCACCGACACGAGAUUCCCACUGUGAGCUAAAUGGAAGGAUUGUUAAAACGUAAAUGGAGAAGCAUCACUUAUGCAAAAAUGAGUAACAAAUAUCCCACUAUAACAGAACUAUAUUGUGUGUGUGAAAUGUCCGCUCAAGUCUUCAAGAGAGAAUAAAGGCUAAAAUCACAAAAAGGUGUAAUUUUUUUUUAAUUAAGUAUUUUUGUCCACUAAUAGCUUUUGACAGCUUGUGGAAGCUGCUCGUGUCUCUUAAUCAAAGACAGGAAAACUCUUUUAGUCACAU